AUGCUAAACAAUCGAAGGCUGUCCCACACCUCUACCCAGCCUCUUGCACCCACAGACCUAAAUCCACAGCCAUUGCAGAGAGGCAGUGGGAUCGAAUACCUCGCUGAAUCAAGCAAAAGUCGAAGAUCAAAAGCGAUGGGUGUUGUCAACAAGAUAGGUAGAGCUUUGUCGAUCACCAAAUCGAAAGAUAGAAAAUCAUCUAUCAGUGAGAUAGGGCCUCUGAUCAACCCUUCGGAUCAAGGACAUCUGGUGACAUCAGAUGUGAGGCUCACACCUAAACCGCUUCCACCUCGUUUCAUGGGACCGGUGAUGGUGCCUCUGCGGGAUGACGAGUGGAUCAAUAAAGAUAAACGAAGAGCAGCUCGUCCACCAAUCCCACUUCGAUCACAUCAAGCGUCCAACCCGCGGCCAUCCACCCAGUCAGAAGCGGAUACAUUGUACAACUCACCAUGGAACACACGAUGGAACCGAUCUCGACAUGCUCUUUCAGUCUUCGAGCUGUCUAGCUCAGCGACUUCUGAUUCGAAUAGAGUGCACACUCAUCCCUAUGUAGAUCGUGAUGUGUUUCAACAGCCUUCUCGACCUGGCUUAUCGAUACCAAGAACUCCCAACCCUAUUCGGAAUGAUGAGUUUCACCCUCACACUAACGUCAGCGCAAAAGAACUAGUAACGUUCAAUCGACCAUUACCCGUCAUCCCAAAAGACACGAUCACUCCCCAAAGACAAAGCAAACGUAAACCCGUUCCAGUCACGUCAUCAUUCUUCAACGAAUCAUUCGAAUCUUUGAUUGAUAAGACAACACCUACAAGUGUAGAGGAGAGUUGGCAACCGCUCAAAAUCGUUCGUCGACCUAGUUCAAUCAUGUUGGAGGAACGUAUCAAGAAGCUUCAGCCCAAGGAUACAAUACAUACCCCACCUACACCGGAAUUCCGUCAACUACUCCCUUCUCCACCACCAUCGGGUUCUUCCUCCCCUGAGCUUUCCAUGGUUGAUCUACAGACCUUCGAAGACCCAUUGAUCACUGAUCUACCAGAGACAUCAUUCGAAAUAGGACAAGAUAAUCUGUUUGACGAAGUUCUGACAAGCUGGAACUUACCUCCGUUAUCCAGAUCGAAUUCUUUGGUCUUGGAUAAAAUACAUCCUUCGACGAGACCAGAUAGGAAGAAAGAGGAGGAUCAAUUAUCACGAUCCACUGGGAAGCUAAAUUUAGAAUCACGAGGGUACCGAGAGAGAGAUGCCGAAAUCAGACUCGUACCGACCUUUUAUCCCUCUGGAAGGAGUUUUGAACCUAUCCGAUCGACGAAGUCGAGUGAUAUGCUCAGGGCAGUCGAGUAUGAUAAUGCAGCAGACCAGGAGGAGGAGUCAAAGGGCAGAAGGAAAGUCAGUGGGAAAGUCAAGAAGGCUGUAGAGGUAUUUGAAGGUCGAAGAGAUCCGAGUGAAAGUCCUCCGACACCUUGGAAAGAAAUGGCCAAGCUGUUGAGACCUAAAAAGUCAGAUUCUUCGAUUGGAUUACAAGAGGAAACUCGACAGAUGAUGUCAGAGGCGAGGGAGAAGAUGUCGAGACCGAAGAUAAAAUCGCGAUCGAGGACCAAAUCAGACGAUUGGUUUGGGUCUUUCAGGAAGUUUCGAUAG